AUGUCGAUGUGGCAGACGCCCAACACGUUCCUGACGCAGGGCUUAUCCGUCGGUCAGGUCAUGGGCAUUAUCGUUAUCGCCCGCCUUAUCGUCUCGCUCUUCUCCAUUAUCCUCGGGUGGGUUUGCCUCACGGCCAUCUGGCCAUCCUUCCAGCGCAUCCACAACCAGCUGCCGGACAACUUCCCCGCCACCACCAGCAAGAUGGUCGGCUUCACCGUCUUCUGGGUCGUCUCGGUGCCGUUCCUGUUCAUCCGGCCGGAGCACUUUAAAAAGCCGUUUUUCUUUUCCAGCCUGGGGUGCGGCAUCGGCAUGCUCGCCAUAAUAACCUGGUCGCUGUCGGUGGCCGGGGGCGUCGGUCCCGUUUUCUACAAAGGCGAAGCGGUCCCAGCCAGCUCCCGGUGGAGCUUCUCGUGGCUGAUGAUGGCGGGGCUGAACCAGGCCAUCGGGCAAAAGGCGGCCGGCAUGUAUACCGCCGGCGUCAACUGGCGCGUACUGCCGUGCUGGGUCGCCGGCUGGGACCCCACCAUCGGGGGCCUAAUCGCCACGGUCUCGGGCAGAGGGGACGGUCCCGCCGCGUUGUAUCAGCUAUACUACGUGGCCUUCUUCGUGGGGCUCGCCAUCUCCUUUGUGCUCUUUUACACCCUGAAUUGGCUGUUCCCCGUCAAGGGCGCAGGCGGGUACGACGAGCACGACGACUGGGCGACUUUUACUCCGCGCGAGGCCGAGAAGCUGGGCAUAGUGCCGCACGAGAAUGCUGCCGAGUUUGUCGUCCCAAGGCGCUUUGGCGACUCGGGCUAUCGACCCCCCCGUCCUGCGCCCGCGAGCAGCAAAGAGAAGAACGCAGAGGUUGCGGCUACCCAGGUCGCUGCGGGAGGUCAGAGAUGA